GGCGCUUUCUAUUGGUUUACGGCUAUCCUGGUUACCAACCAACACAGUACAGUAGGCACACGAGGAAAAACAGUCCCUCUCAUUUUAAAGCUAACGGAUAACAACAUGCUAUGUUACAGGGGCACGGCAAUCAAAGCCAACGCAGAUUCCAUCGAUAUCUCUGAAGCACGAUCGUCGCUCUCCAAGAUAUGGGAUAGGGUCAUGAUGUGAACGGCAUCAUCCGCAGCCACACGAUGCAUAACGAGAGCAAGGCGUGCCAAGGAGAGAAGCUUGGCUCUGCUGUUGAUGACACUCUGGAUGAAUAUUUAAUCGCCCUCCAGCACAAAAACAGGAUCCGUAAGCGCCUUAAAGAAAAAGACCCCAGGGAGAUUGAGUUGGAAAGGCUUGAGCAAGGUUUUUCCAUUUACCUAAACGGAGCCAAUGCUGAAGCCAGUAGGAAGCAAACCAAGAGCUUCAGCCACAAGUUUGUUACCUCGCCACCUGCUUGGAGGCCUGCACGCACAGCAGAUGUCUGUAGAAGUGCCCACCAGUUAACUGAAGACAGCAGUAAUCUGGAGCAAGCCCACAGGAAGAGGAUCCACUCUGCCCCAGGAAAGGUCCAGAGGAAAGAAUGGGUGCAGAAAUCUGUCAACAUUCGAUCAGAGGAAGGACCAGAUUUGCUGUUAUCCCCAGAAAAGCGCUACUCUGAGGAUUUUGAGUCAUAUGAAAGUAUAGACAUGGAGAGCUCCAGUCCGCGCUCUCCUCAUAGUCCUCGCUCCCCCAGGGACACGUACAAGGUGACGUGUUCCUUCAGUUCCAGGCCUGAGAGCCAAGGAGGCCAAGCAAGCCAGGAGCACAGUGAGAAGGUGCUUCUCAACCUUGAGGAAGUGAAGGUUCUGCGCCGGAGCCUGGAGGUUAGCAUGCGGCGGAGCAACCGUGGCUCCGCGGGGGAGGAGUCGGAGGAAGAGUGGGUGGAGGAGCAGAUUGAGAGGGAGGAGAGCACUGAGAGUCUGGAUGAACUGGGGCUCCCUCUUUCAUCCUCCAAGUCCACCUCUAACCCUCGGCCCAGCAGCUCCCACAGCCAUUUUGACUCAGCAAACCUCAUAGUCCUAGACUUUGGACCCUCGCCUAAAGGUCGUAAGAUUGAACGUUCUCUGUCUGCAAAAAGGAAAGAAAACACUGACUCCUUCAUACCUACCAAGCCUAUGUUGGUGAAGAGCAAGACAUUAGAUAGGCCACCUUCAGAUGACUGCUGGGAUGAUCAGAGGACAAGAAGUCGUGUGGAAAGACCCACGUCAGCGCUUAGAAAGGCUUCUGCUGAGGAGCGAGACCCAGAGGAGAUGGCGUGCAGAGUCCGCCAGGCCAUCCAGAGAGAAAACGACCCUGUGCAGAGUGUUGAGCUCUUCAGUCGCAGCACGGGCAGGGCACACCAGAUAAUGAAUGGCUUAGUGCACCACAACUCCCACGACAAGAAUGAGAGCAGUGUCAGUUUGGCCAUGCACAGAAUCACACUGAUGGGCCCCAGGCAACAACAGAAACUGCUCACGGCCUUGGAGACGCUUGAAGCUGGACCCACCUACAACAUUCCUCAGCCUGUCACAACAGACUACAGCGAGCAGCCGAGAAGGCAGUCCUCGGCAGAGUUCACCCCGGCAUUGUACGUUACCAUGGAGAUCCUGUCGAACUGGGGGAAUGCUUUGCAGGUUGGGCUGACUGAGUUGCAGUUCUUCUGCCUCGGACACAAGAAGCUGCAUGUGUCGCCUCACGACCUAGACAUCAGGAACGUGAACUACCCCGGGAAUCUGGGGGCGCUUGUCAACGGAAAGGUGAAGACCACCAAAGAACGUCACAUGUGGACGUGUCCAUUCCACCCUCCCAUACAGCUCUACUUCAUCAUCAGGAACACAGAGCGCUCCCCAGACUUUGGAAUAUCCCGCAUCAAAAUCUGGAACUACAACAGAAGCCUCAAUGAGCUUGACAUCGGUGCACGGCAUAUUAAGCUGUACCACAACAGCACGUUGGUGUUUGAAGGUGAGCUGGAGAAGGGCUGCGGCAACCAGGUCUUUGACUAUAGCACCACGAUUGAUCUCCAGGAUUUCCAGGUCUCCGACUCCUUGUUUUCCAGCCCUGUGUCUUCAGGACACAACCUGCGGGGUGUCAGCCCCCAACGGCAUGAGGACAGGAAUGGUGUGGAGUCCAAGAGCACCCAGCGACACCACAGUUCGAAUCCGCAGCCAUCGGACACAGCAGGCCAGGCUAUGAUAGACAUGCAGGAGAAAUCACAUAUACCACUACCACCGAUUAGUCCUUCAAGAGUGGGGGUCUCAUCCUCCUCUCGCCACACUUCCACACAAAUAAACUCUUUUGACCUGUCUGCCUCAGAGGAGCCCCUCUCUCUUAGGCAACAGGUGCCGCAGCCACUACCCAUGGAGCAGACCGUCACCACCCAGCCGUCCUCGUCUCGGGUGGCCCCCCAAUGGCUGCAGCCCCUGAACAGAGGAGCUCCAGAGGGCUGCGAGACCAGCAGGGAGAGGCCAAGAUGGCUGGUGCCUCAGCACGGCGCAGAGCCCAAAUCCCCAUCAGCCUCGUCCUCUUCGAUGCUACCCGAGCUGCCUUGUAACCCGGGCCGGGUGUGCAGGGGGACGGAGAGGACAGUGAAUGGGGGUCAGUGGAAGGCUGACUCUGUGGACCUGAGCUGCGACCUGCUGGAGGAGCUCGGGGAGCCAAAGACAGACAGACCCAUCAGUGGACGCAGGAGCUCAUUCCGAAACAGUGCGGUUUCCACCAGGCAGACGGAGGAGCCGCACCUAAGAGCUACGACACUGUCAAACACAGAGGAGCCACUGUCAUUGGUGAACACCAACAGGAGGCAGUGCUCGUCUCGGGCCCAGCUGCACAGCCAGCAAGACGACACCCUCAUGGAGUCCUGGGACUCCCUCAUCAAGUUCAACCAAUGCCAACGCGGACGCAUCUCGAACAUGGGCUUUGAAGGGGACAUCUUUGAUGAGUUCCUCCAGCGCCAGGGUCAUGGUCCAACCACCGUCCCUGUCAACCCCUCCACGGCCCCCAGGAGUCCCCUUUCCUCAUUGACCCCUCAGGGGGCUCUGUGCGACGUCCCUGAUGAUGAUCAAUUCAUGGAGCGGGAGGACGAGUUUGAAAUCCCGGUGCUCCCACAAGGUCAGAGGCUGGUCAUUAACAUUCUGUCCACCUGGGGUGAUCGCCACUACGUGGGCCUCAACAGCCUGGAGGUGUUCAGCUCCAGUGGAGAGCCGAUUCGACCUGCUCACAUUCGCGCUAAUCCUCCAGACAUCAACAUUCUCCCUGCUUAUGGCAAAGACCCACGUGUUGUUACCAACUUGAUUGACGGCAUUAAUCGCACACAGGAUGAUAUGCAUCUUUGGUUAGCCCCGUUCACACCUGGUCGCAACCACACCAUCUUUCUGGACUUCGGAGCUCCCUCUCAGGUGGCCAUGAUCCGCGUUUGGAACUACAACAAGUCCCGCAUCCACUCUUUCAGAGGGGUGAAAGAGGUGGAAAUGCUCCUGGAUGGAAGGUGCAUCUUCAGGGGGGAGAUUGCCAAAGCUUCAGGGAACCUGUCUGGAGGGCUGGACCAGUUUGGGGACACUAUCCUGUUCACCACUGAUGAUGACAUCCUGGAGGCCAUGUCUCGUUACGAUGAAACCUUCCUCGGUGAAGGCGGGGGCCGCGAGAGCCUGGUGUGUGAGGACGAGCUGCAGAGACCGCGAACCGCUGAUGGAGAGGGAGAGGAAAGACCCUUCACACAGGCCGGUUUCAGAGAGGAAGACCUCACUUUGAAGCUUCACCUCAAUCCAACUGUUUGCCAGUCUGAGGAGAACAUGGAACAUAUUCCCGGGAUGUACACUGGAAAGGUCCUUAGAAUAGAGCUGUUGUUCACUUGGGGUGACUCCCACUACAUGGGCCUGACUGGAUUAGAAGUGGUGGAGAAAAACGGUGAGAUUUUACCCUUAGACCUCAGCAUGGUGGCUGCCUCGCCCAGCGACCUCAACGGCCUGCCCGAGUACGGACACGACCUGCGCACACUUGAUAAGCUUGUUGACGGCAACAACAUUACCACCGAUGACGAGCACAUGUGGCUGAUCCCUUUCUCCUAUGGAGAGCCCCACACCCUGAACAUUACCUUCAACAAGGCCCAGACCAUCGCUGGACUCCGUGUCUGGAAUUACAACAAGACUCCAGAGGACUCUUACAGAGGGGUGAAGGGGAUCCAUGUGUUCCUGGACGAUGUAGCGAUCUCCCCGAGUGAGGGAUUCCUGAUCAGGAAAGGACCGGGCAACUGUCACUUUGACUUUGCGCAGGAGAUCCUCUUCGUAGACUUCCUCCAGACGCCCACAAACAACAGGAGUGCUGUAGACUACCACAGAGGAAGCUCUAAAAAACAAGAGCAGGCCAGCAUGGACUACGAAGCACCCAUCAUGCCUUGUGGAUUCAUUUUUCAGCUGCAGCUCUUAACAACUUGGGGCGACCCGUACUACAUCGGCCUCAACGGCCUCGAGUUUUACGACCAGGACCACAAGAAGAUCAGUCUCAGUGACAACAACAUCGCCGCUUUCCCAGACAGUGUGAAUGUACUGGACAAUGUGACUGGUGAUGUGAGGACUCCAGAUAAAUUAAUAGAUGGUGUCAACAGCACCCACGAUGGAAGACAUAUGUGGUUAGCCCCGGUUCUCCCUGGACUGGUGAACCGUGUGUACGUCAUCUUUGAUCAGCCGGUGACCGUGUCCAUGAUCAAGUUGUGGAACUACUCUAAGACAUCACAGAGAGGAGUGAAGGAGUUUGGGCUGCUGGUGGACGACCUCCUCGUGUAUAACGGCAUCUUGGACAGUGUGAGCCACGUGGCCCGAGGCAUUCUGCCGACCUGUGAUCCAGUGGUGCCCUACCACACCAUCCUGUUCACAGACAAUGCCUACAUUGCACACCGUGAGAGGAACACUGUGAUCAGCCCCCGUGGCAGCCGACACUACAAACAUAAUUAUGUGGAGGACCAGGAUGUGAAGAUGACCAAUGAGAAUCAGAUAGUCCAUCACAACAAGAAGAAGCAGACAGCAGAUCCAGCUCUUCGACCUAAGACCUGCAUGACCGAGGGUGGGAAACAUGGAAUGAGGAGGUAUUGAAUUUUUUUAAACCCACUUUCUGAUGGAUGACUUUUGAAAACCUUCAUUACAACAAGAUCCAGAUCAGCCACCCAGCCAUGGUUUGUCCUGGUGGCCUGACAGUGGCUCACAUGGUCCACACUGAAGAGGACAGAGGCUGCACAAUGGGUUCAGACACACACACACACACACACACACAGAAUUCCACUUUAUGGUUGGAUAACUCCCUUAUUUCCUUGCUGUGAACACAACACCCACACAUGCGUUUUUAUCUCUAACACGUACCGUGUCGUUGCCCGCGGUCCCUAACCCUAACCCUGUGAGGUUGCAUUUUAUCAGCCCUAUUAUUGUGCCUCGUACUAAACACUAUAUCUGUGGCUGCUACUUGUGACUCUUGUGCUGCAUAUUUUAAUGCUGCUUGUGGCGUGUUAAAAAAAAGAAGAAAAAAAAAGAAAAAACAAGUAAGAUAAAUGCUCCAAAGCCACACACAUACACUCACGUCAGGAUGAGGCUGAUGCUACAUUUCUUAAAGGGGCAGUUUUUGGAGAGAGCUUGUCUCCCUCUUUGUUGUUGUUCCUCGGUGCAACCCGCCAGCAAGUCUCUUAACGUGUCGACGAGUGAUGUUUACAAACUGCACUCGCAGUGUGGUGCGGUCAGGGCUGAGCCUGGAUUUUUUUUUCGGCGCAGACACAGAACCGAAUGCUAGCGGGCCGUGAGGAAAUAUUCGCUGAUUUUUACAAAACGUUUAUUGCUUUAGAAUCGCUUACUGCCCCUUUAAGGAAUCUAAUCCACUGAUGAGCCAAAACAAUCAUCUCUUUGCCCUAAUAGGUCUGAGAACUGACCACCACUCCCAUCAGCGCACCAACCAGUCGCAAUGCUAUGCAGACACUAGUUCUCACAGUAUCUAUUAAUAAUAUAUACCUGUUAGCUAAUAUAUUUCAAAGCCUAAUGGUUCUACUUGGGGAAGUGUGUCCGCUGAGGUUUUUUGACAUUUGCAAGAUUUAUAUUUAAGGUCACUGAAAAAGUACAGUAUUCAAGAUUUUAGUACAUUUUAAGUAAAAUAAAAUCAAAACAGAAUAUUUACGACUUCAGAGUCUGUUAACAAACUCCCCUAUUGAAUUUCCAACAUAUAUUUGGCUGUACACUAUUUGGUCAUGUUUUUUUCUACUUAGCAUCAGGUAGAAAAUACAUGUUUGAAAUACAAGUGACCUUUAUUGAAGUUGCUACGAGGUUGAUUUUGCUUUUGGAGGCACACAUUUCUUGAGCCAGUAAAGCCGUUUUAGUAAGUUUAGUUGGGAACAGAAAAAAAAAAAUCAUUUUCCAGUUUAGAGUUUGAGAAGAUACAGUAACAGGCAACUUCUUAUAUGCAAAUACUAUAAACUUACCUCAAAUGGAGAAGACUUAUCGUUAAAAAGGGAUACAUGUGGUUGAACCUUCACUAUAAUACUUGGCACUUGUUGUUCUACUCAUUCAUUCAAUAUUUACUGUACUAACUUGUUGCAUGGGAAUGUUUCAUCUUAAAAUGUUAAGACACUUUUGUUUUGGAGUUCUCACUGCUCCAAUAUAAACAAUAGGUUCCAUACUCCUUCCACUCGAUGGGAGUAGUUGUAUAUGAAAUGCAGUUUUAUGUAUUUUAAUUUCUGUAUGUCCAACAGCAGCAGUAGCCAUUACUCAGUCCUGCUCUGUGGGCUGGUGGCUGUUAUUGUAUGUGUAACAUUUAGUGUUUUGAAAUAUUUAAUUAUUUUUCUAAUCUUGAUUAAAUAUGUAUAUUUGAUGUAGGUUUAUUUGAUUGAAUAAAAUGAAAAAUAUA